AACAAACGACGCAAGUUGCAAGUGAGCAACAUGUCGACUGAGGGAGGAGAAGAGAAGCAACGUCUGCAGCUCUGCUCCUGAUUCAGCAGCAGCAGCAGUGACUGAGGGAGCACUUUGUCAGAGGGAGGCAACCCACAUGACUGCUUAUCAAUUCUACGCCGCGCCGUCCGGAACACGCUCUGAGGUGCACAACAAUUCCGUUUCAUUGCAAGCCUCCGUGCGCUCCUUCAAGCCGGAUCCUGUGGUCACAAGCCCGAAGCGUUUGCAGCCUCGGGGAGGAGGAGAAGGACGGGUAGAAGGACGCUUGAACGAGAAGCACUCAGCAUCAUCUGUACCCGUGCGUGGAUCUCCUCAGUGGAUAGGAUGCAUCAAUCUGGAAGCUGAACCACACAUCAUAUGGGGAGAUUUAUCCACAUUUUGUCUUGCACAUUUACAGCACUAAAGGAAUAACAAGUGCAAGUCCACACGUAUCAGGAGAAGCGUGGGACAUUAAUGGGUCGAGCAGUUGCAGAAUGGCACUUGUGGGUCCCUCCGAGCUAAAAGCGUCAUGGAAAAGGGCAAUAUCGGAUACCUCACCAUCCUUUUGAGUUAUUCCAGAUCUGGACUGAUGGAUGGAAUGCUUAUUGUUAUAAGAGUGGGACUAAAUAGCCUCGGAUUGUGCCCGCUCGUCUGAGAAUUGCGGAUUUUUUAAUGCAGUUUUUUUUUUGUGCUUUGACCAAAAGACGGAUCGCUCUUAAAAAGCCUCAUCCAGCAGGAUCGCUGUCUACAUGAACAAGACCAGUAUUAUGUUGGAUUGGGUGUUUAAAUGAGAAUGACUGGAACCCCUCUGAACUGUAAUUGACUUGGCAGUUGUCCCCAAUCCUCUUUCCAACAAGUGGAAGACCAGUCAAUGAAUUAUGAAUGUUAAACAAGAUGACCUCCUCUCAGCAGCAGCAGAUGAUGCGAGGUCCUAGGCGGAACCGGGCCUUGUCUGACCCUUUGCUUGUGCUGCUCCUGGCCCUACAGCUUUUGGUGGUUGCGGGUCUGGUUCGUGCUCAGACAUGCCCUUCGGUCUGCUCCUGUAGUAAUCAGUUCAGCAAAGUCAUCUGCACACGGAGGGGCCUAAGAGAGGUCCCUGAUGGCAUUUCUACCAAUACACGCUACCUGAAUCUCCAAGAAAACCUCAUCCAGGUCAUUAAAGUGGACAGCUUCAAGCACCUAAGGCAUUUGGAGAUCCUGCAGCUGAGUAAAAACCACAUACGCAAAAUUGAGCUUGGGGCCUUCAAUGGACUUGCAAGCCUUAAUACCCUGGAGCUUUUUGAUAACCGCCUCACCACGAUCCCAAAUGGGGCAUUUGAGUACUUGUCCAAACUAAAGGAGCUAUGGCUGAGGAAUAAUCCAAUAGAGAGCAUUCCUGCCUAUGCUUUCAACAGGGUGCCCUCAUUACGACGGCUGGACCUUGGGGAGCUUAAAAGGCUAUCCUACAUAUCUGAGGGGGCCUUUGAAGGGCUGAGCAAUCUUCGCUACUUAAAUCUGGGAAUGUGCAAUCUGAAAGAAAUUCCCAACCUUAUUCCCCUGGUGAAGCUGGAUGAACUGGAGAUGUCAGGGAACCAGCUGUCUGUCGUCCGGCCCGGCUCUUUUAAGGGGCUCAUCCAUCUCCAGAAACUAUGGAUGAUGCAUGCCCAGAUCCAGACUAUUGAGAGAAACUCAUUUGAUGAUCUCCAGUCACUGGUGGAGCUUAAUUUAGCCCACAAUAACCUUACGCUCUUGCCCCAUGAUCUUUUCACUCCUUUGCAUCAUCUGGAGAGGGUGCAUUUGCACCACAACCCUUGGAAUUGUAACUGUGACAUCCUCUGGCUGAGUUGGUGGCUCAAGGAGAUGGUACCAGCAAACACCAGCUGCUGUGCCCGCUGCAGCUCACCAGCUCACCACAAAGGGCGCUACAUUGGUGAGCUUGACCAAAACUACUUUCACUGUUAUGCUCCUGUUAUUGUGGAGCCGCCAGCUGACCUAAAUGUGACAGAGGGAAGUGCUGCAGAGUUGAAAUGUCGAGCCAGCUCUUUGACUUCUGUGAGCUGGAUUACACCCAAUGGUUCCAUCAUGACACACGGUGCGUACAAGAUCAGAAUCUCAGUGCUGAAUGAUGGCACCCUGAACUUCACCAAUGUUACCAUGCAAGACACUGGUACAUAUACAUGUAUGGUCAGUAAUUCAGCCGGUAACACAACAGCGUCUGCCACACUAAAUGUGUCCUCAACGGAGAACAGCAGCUUCAGCUACUUUACCACAGUGACUGUAGAGACGAUAGAAACACCACAUAAUGAAGGCGUCACCACGAUUGUGCAACAGAAGGUUGGCCCCACCCCUUCGGUUCAUACAUGGAAGUCUGUUUCACCCAGUUCUACAACUACCACCACAGUGCAGACCCCUCUCUCUACUCAUGCCACGGAGAAGACAUACACAAUCUCUGUCACUGAAUUUGGUGAAGGCUCCCUAAAUGGCUUGGAUGAGGUCAUGAAGACAACCAAGAUCAUAAUCGGCUGUUUUGUCGCAAUCACACUCAUGGCAGCUGUCAUGCUGAUCAUCUUCUACAAGAUGCGGAAACAGCACCACCAGCAGAACCACCAUGCGCCCACACGCACUAUUGAGAUCAUCAAUGUGGACGAGGACUGCGUAACCGGAGGACCAGGCAUGGAGGGCCACCUGACUUUGCCUCCUCUUGAACAUGAGCACCUCAACCAUUAUAACACAUAUAAAACAGCAUAUAACCACACCUCCACUAUCAACUCCAUACACAGCUCAGCGCAUGAACCUUUGUUAAUCCGGGCAAACUCAAAAGACAAUGUACAAGAGACCCAAAUCUGAACUUUUUUCUCUCAAAUAAUGGAAUUACAGCAAGACUUAAACAUGAAUGGCCCACCGUGGGUUUGGCAAAUCAGUGGUUGCUGAUUUCAUUUAUGGACUUUGGUAAUUAGGGUUAUGUCAGUUACAAAAAGUGUCUUUAAAAAAGUUAUUUAUUUAAGAACAGACUAUUGUUGUUAAAUCAAGGAAAAUAAUAUUCAACAAUUUUUUUCAGCACCUAAUUCAAGUUUUUCCUCCUUCCUCUCGUUAUAUUGGUUGACUGACAUGCUUUUAAGACUAUGUUUGGAGACAAUAGUUCCAAAAUAAAUAAAAUAAGAAGACUGUUUAUAUUUGGUGAACUGUAAACUUUUUUUUCCCAAUGAAUCUAGAGCACAUGACAUUUUUCCCCAACUGUGGAGUAAGUGGUAAAGUAUUUUGUGACUAUUUGAGAACUGGAUGAAAUAAAUAUUUAAGUCCAUCUGAGAACUGGAUGAAAUAAAUAUUAAGUUACCUGUUAUUUCAAAGUGUUCAGCAGAAUUGUCAGCAAUGAUAUUUGUUCACACUGUCACGUAUGAGCAAUAUGUCCCAAAUUCUGUAAUUGAAAACGUUGAGGAUAACAUGUUUGAUGAUUAAGAAUUAUUUGUUAAAUUUUCUCCCAAUUUAUCAUAUACAUAUAAUUUGCAUAAAUGCCAACUUGCUUUACUCAAUUUCCAAAAGUCCACUCUGAUCUCAAAGUCAAGGCAACAUGGAAGAAAACUGUCAAGGAAGUGGACUGAAAGUUUCCAGCAUUUCAUCCUUUUCCAUAUUGAUGCCCAUAGUUUGCUCUCCAUAUGUUUCCAAACUUCCUGAGCUACCUUCAUAAAGCCUGUACCCCUUAUCUCAUCUACAGGGCUGUAGGACUGCAUGCUCUCAGGUAGACUGGUGAGUUUAAACCCUUUUAUACAGCUAUCUCAGCUCAUUGCCUGUAAUCCGCGUGCCACAAUUCCACAUGGGCAGUGCCUGGCAGCUCUACAUAUACACCAGCCACUCAACUUGGCCCUGUGCAGCAGGUUUUGUGUCUGAAUGUGGGGAAGCAGGCAUCAACCAGAUGAUUAUGCUGCACCUGCAUUACUCCCACAGCUCCAUUUACAUUUCAAUUGAGGUGCCCAUGGGCAAAGCUCUGGAAGUAUCCAUUUUUCAGGAAAGCAUUCCAAAGAGCCCACCAUGAAAAACAGUGCCAAGCACCAUAACUUCAGGGGCUAAGCAGGCAAUCAGUUAAGCCCAACACUUUGAAUUAAGUAUAUUCAACUUAGAAUUGUGUAUGGUUGACCGCCCCACCCCUAAAAUAUCCGUCAAACCCCCUUCCAAACCCCACCAUUUUUAAUAGUGUAAGAUGCAGCUAGAUCAAUACACUAUUGUUGCCCUUAUUACACUUUAUUCAAGCAACGAAAGUAUACAACUGUAUUAUUAUUAACAAUCCAUGUUCUAGGGUCAGUGUUGAUUAUUUUGCCAAAUUACUGUGGCAUUUGUGAUGUAUUUCGAGACACAACAACUCCAAUUUUUAAUUGUUUUUUCUAUUUUCUAUUUGUCUGUUUUUAUAAGCUGUGCAAAGCUUGCAAAAUAUAUUUCAAUCUAUUUAAAAAACAUGGUUAUACACACUUUUACGUGUGUGUGUUUAACCUACACCAAACUGUCAGACACAAGCCGCAGAGAGAUGGCAGUUCCAAUGCAUGUGCUUAUCUGUUAGCCAUACAGUGGACCCCUGCUAUUCACAGGGAAGACUGACCAAGCCAGGACGCGAAUAGUGAAUUUUCGUCAAUAAUUGACGCUCCCCUUAAAGUGAUUAUUAUUACUGCCUAUAGUAAUAGUUGACACGAUAAGCAUACAGUACCUCAAACUAUGAUCGCAAAACUCUUUCAUAACAUUUUAAAUGCCUACAUCUUAAAAUAUUGUUGUAUCUUUAAAAAUACAGGAAACGGCUUACACUUAAGCAUACACAUUCACCAUUUACAGUCAUCCCUGUACAUAUGUCAAGAAUUAUGAUGAUGGUGAUGAUGAUAAUGAGGAUGAAGAAGAAAAAUAAGAAUUGUCACGGUGCAGUCCGACGUAAACAAUGAACAUUUGACUGCACAGCAAAGCGCAGGAUUUACUGUACAUCGAUGGUGCCAACUGAUUUUCAUGAGGUUUACUUUUUUGUCAGUGUCAAAGCAUGUUCCAUCAAUACAUAACAUUGGCAAAAAAAAGAGUUAACUAGCAAGCGGACAGAGAGCACCUCUUCAAGCGGCCAAGGUCUGCUUGUUUGGUGCACUCCAGGGUUCAAAUGAUAGAGAGUACACUUGAGCAAACAACUGCAGUAAGAUCAGAGCAAUCACACUGAACCUAUCCUGCCUAACUUGUGUGAACACAACCUAGAUGAAUCCCUGGCUGAUUGAUCAGAACAGUAAACACAUCAGAAUGCUUUAUUUCUUUUACAAUAUAGAAACUCCAAUUCCAAUAAAGUUGAUACGUUGUGUAAAAUGUAUAAAAACAGAAUACAAUGACUUUACAAAUCAUUUUCAAAAUAUAUUCAAAUGAAUACACUACAAAUACAGAUAUUUAAUGUUUAAACUGAUAAACAUAUAAAUGCUCAAUAAGCGUUUGGGAACUUAAGACACUAAUUGUAGAAGCUUCAUAGGUGGAAUUCUUUCCCAUUCUUGCUUGAUGUACAACUUCAUUUGCUUAACAGUCCGGCGUCUCUGUUGUCCUGUUUUGCGCUUCAUAAUGAGCCACACAUUUUCAAUAGGAGACAGGUCUGGACUGCUGGCAGGCCAGUCUAGCACUCGCACUUUUUUACUACAAAGCCACAGUUGUAAUAUGGCUUGGCAUUACUUGGUAUCCUGUUGAAAUAAGGGGAGAUGUGGCUCUGACCAAAGGGUCGCUGGUUUGAAUCCUGGCUCUGACUGUCUGUGUGUCGAAGUGUCCAUGGGCAAGACACUGAACCCUAAUUUGCUCCCAGUGGGCCCGGCAGCGCCUUGCGCGGCAGCAGCCGCCCAUUGGUGUAUGAAUGUGUGUGCGAGUGGGUGAAUAUGAGGCUUUGUAAAGCGAUUUGGGCACUGUGAUGGUGUAGAUAAAGCGCUAUAUAAGUGCAGUCCAUUUACUAUUUUACCAUUAGCACUUGCACUCUUUUAGUACAAAGCCACACUGUUGUAAUACGUGCAGAAUAUAGUUUGGUAUUGCUUGGUAUCCUGCUGCAAUAAGUAGGGAUGUUCCUGAAAAAGGCAUUGCUUGGAUGGCAGCAUAUGCUGCUCCGAAACCUGUAUGUACCUUCCAGCAUUAAUGGUGCCUUCACAGAUGUGCAAGUUACCCAUGCCAUGGGCACUAAAACACCCCCAUACCAUCACAGAUGGUGUCUUUUGAAAUUUGUGCAGAUAACAAUCUGGUUCUUUUAAUUAUUUUGCCCGGAAGACACGACAUCCAUGAUUUCCUAAAACAAUUUGAAAUGUGGACUCUUCAGACCACAGCACACUUUUCCACUUUGUGUCUGUCAAUCUCAGAUGAGCUUGGGCUCAGAGAAGCCGGCGGCAUUUCUGAAUGUUGUUGAUAUAUGGCUUUCCCUUUGCAUGGUAGAGUUUUAAUUUACAUUUGUAGCCACGAAAUGUGUUAACUGACAAUGGUUUCCUGAAGUGUUCCUGAGCCCACAUGGCAAUAUCAUUUACACAAUGAUGUUGUUUUAAUGCAGAAAUGCCUAAGGGCUCCAAGGUCACGGGCAUUCAAUGUUGGUUUUUGUCCUUGACGCCUACGUGCAGAGACUUCACCAGAUUCUCUGAAUCUUUUAAUGAUUUUACGGCUAAAAGAUGAUGGAAUCCCUAAAUUCCUCGCAAUUGUAUGUUGAGAAUGUUGUUCUUAAACUUUAUAUUUGCUCAUGCAGUUAUUCACAAAGUGGUGAACCUCGCCCCAUCCUUGCUUGUGAACGGAGCCUUUCAAGGAUGGUCCUUUUACACCCAAUAAUCACACUCACCUGUUUCCAAUUAACCUGUUCAUGUGUGGAGUGUUCCAAACAGGUGUUUUUUUAGCAUUUCUCAACUUUCUCAGUCUUUUGUUGCCCCCGUCCCAGCUUUUCUGGAAAGUGUUGCAGGCAUCAAAUGUAAAUUGAGAGAUAAUUUGCAAAAAACAAUAACGUAAUAUCUUGUCUUUGUAGUGUAUUCUAUAUAGUUUGAGAAGGUUUUUAUGUGUUUUACACAAUGUCCCAACUUCGGUGGAAUUGGGGUUUGUACUUACAACAGACCUUUGACAGAUUAGUACAUGAAAUCUUUUGUCUAUUUUCAUUUCACGGACACACAAACAUUGUACAUUUUCAAAAGGUUACUCGAACAACUAUAAAAGCUGUUGUAUUUGCAAUUACUCUUACUAAAAUCACUUCAUCAUUUUCAUUUAGAUAUAUGAAUGUUUCUGAAAAUAUAUAGCAUUUUUACAUAAAAACCGAGCAUUUAACUUUUGUAUCAUACAUUUAAUGAUGAGAGAGUAUUAACUAAAUGAAUACAUUUGUUGGAACUACUGACUGAGACAUAAAUUUCAUCCUUACAAUAAUGACUCAAUUCUAUUUAAAGAUUCAGAUAUUAGGUUGGUAGAAAAAGAAAAAAGAAAAAAUGUCCUCAGCUCAAUGCUGUAAUGUUUUUCACAAAGUUGGUAAUAUAAUGUAUACAGUAUUAGCAGUUCAUGUCAUUUUGCCAUUACAACAUCAUGAAAACCCCCAAAAAUCUAACAAGAUAAUCUAAAGACCUUCACGCACAAGACACCACCUUUUUUUAAGGUCACAAUAUUAACUAGUUCCAAUUUCAUCUCUCAUGCAUUAUUUCUUGUUAACUAGCAUUUCCCCAGGAAGUAAUAUCAACAAGGUUUUGUGAUAAUAUUAGUUCCAUCUAUAGCACGUAUCAUUUUAUUUCCUCUCCAGGUUUAUGAAGCAUCAUUGGAGAUUAUGAGCACUUUGGGGUGCAAAAGCUAAUGAGUCUAGCCAGCAUGCCCAGUGUUUGUAUCAAUAGUGCAGAGGAUAUUAAUAUAAAGAUGCUAAUGUUUAGCAAAUUUAAAACAAACAGUCAUAUCUUUGAGUGUGCUGCACAUAAAGGAAAUGUCUUAAAUAAAUGACUAACUAAUCGAUAUAAGGGCCAAAGACAAUUUUGGUGAAUUAUCCCGAAUCAUGCUUUCUCUCGGCCAACAAUAUUCAUGCAAUUACAUUUCAAAAUCCCUUUCAUCAUUUGAUCUCUUUGCUCUUCCAGUUCUACUUAUUUUACUCACACGAGUUAAAGUUCCCGUUUUAUCUUUAUUUGCACAUAUGUUGUAUGGAAAUUUAAUUGCUCAAUUUCUUGAAUUUUAGUCCCUGUACUGUGUGUAAGAUAUUGAAAUGUUUCUGCUCUUACAUAAGCAUUUUUUUUGGGGGGGGGGGGGGGGGGGG